GGUGCCGGCUCACAGCAGCCAUGGCCGGAGUGUGGAGCGCGCCCUCUGCAGCACUGCUGCUGCUGCUGGUGUUGGUGGUGGAGGUGUCUCUGAGUGCCGCAGCUGCAGCCGGCGAGGUGGUGCGCACCAGGCAGGGCGCGCUGAGGGGCACCAGCCGCGUGUCCAGCGAGGGCCGGCCCUUCCACGCCUUCUACCGCAUACCCUACGCCAAGCCGCCCGUCGGACCGCUGCGCUUCAGGAGUCCUCAGCCUCCGGAUACGUGGACACACAUUCUCGAUGCUACGACUCCUGGGCCAGUGUGCACCCAGUACACAGUGGUGAUGCCGGGAUCGGCUGUCUCCGGCACUGAGGACUGCCUGUACCUUAACGUCUUCACUCCACAGCUGAAACAUGCGGAGCUGCUUCCAGUCAUGUUCUGGAUUCACGGAGGUGGCUGGAUUGAAGGUAGUGGAAUCGGUUAUGAGCCAGACUUCCUAAUGAACCACGACAUCGUUCUUGUCACUAUUAACUACCGUCUUGGUGCUCUGGGUUUCCUGAGUACAGAAGACGCUGCAUCCCCAGGAAACUUUGGCCUGAAGGACCAGGUGGCGGCUCUCAGGUGGGUCAGAGAGAACAUCGAGGCGUUUGGCGGCGACCCCGGCAGUGUGACCAUCUUUGGCGAGAGUGCAGGUGGCGCCAGCGUACACUACCACAUGCUGUCCCCACUCUCCAGAGGUCUUUUCCACCGGGCGAUCUCGCAGAGUGGCGUUUCCGUGACGCCUUGGGGCGUACCACUGCCUGGAGGCCUGCAGAAGGCGCAGAAGGUGGCAGCCCUGGUGGGAUGCCCCACAGAGCCCAGCGCCGCCCUCGUCGACUGCCUGAGGAGUGUGGACGACUACAAGAUCGUCAACACGACACACCACUUUACUGAAUGGUUCUUCUGCCCACUCAUACCUUUCCGACCAGCUAUAGAAGGUGAAGGAGAAGAUUCGUUUCUGCCCAAACAUCCACUUGAACUGGAGCCUCAUACAGCAAUUCCAUGGAUGACAGGUGCCACCCAGGACGAAGGGUACAUGUUUGCAGCGGCUUUCAUAGCAAAUGAACAGCUACUGGAAGAUUUGACACAGGAUGGAGAAAGGCUGUUUCCCUUGUCCUUAUCGUAUGACGGAGAGCCAGAGGCUGAUUUCGUCACUAAGAAGAUUAAGGACUUCUACUUCUCAAACGGUGAAGUUUCUGUCAGCAAACUCAGUGAAUUAUACACUGAUGGAUUGUUUAUCUGGAACGCGGAUGAGGCUGUCAGGAAGUACAAGGAUACAGCGCCUGUGUACUACUACGUUCUUUCAUACAGGGGAAAAUACCGAAUGACAAAAUACUUCGGAGGUGCUGAUCUGGAUCUGGGAGUGGCCCAUGGGGACGAUCUGUUUUACUUAUUUUCUAAGAAUCCUUACUAUCCAACAUCUCGUGACAUGCCCGAGGAGGACUACGAAGUCGUUAAAACCAUAACCAAGCUCUGGACAGACUUCGCUAAAACUGGAAAUCCCACACCAGACAACGACCCUGUGCAUUGGCCCAGGGUAACAUCAGAUGGUGAUUUGGAGUACCUGGAUAUAGGAAAACAGCUGGAAACGAAGAAAGGUCUCUUCCAAGAGCGAGUGGAUUUCUGGAGGUCGCUACCUCUCCGGCAAACAAAGCGAUGCAGCGCUACCAAGGAAGAACUCUAAAGUUGAUUCAAAUGAGAAUUAUGUAUUAAUGCUUCGUUAUUUAAGAAAAUACAAAGCAUUUCGGUUCACAUAAUACGAAAUAUGAUUUUCAGCUGUCGUUAAUGGAAUUACUUUCUAAAAAAACGUUUACUACUUAGCGAAAAUUUUCAUAGAAUAGCAUGUCCAGUUUUUGCACUGUUUUUACGUAUUACGCUCAACUCUCACUGCAGAUAGUACUGUGUAUAUUGCAGUGGGCAUUAAAGACCUGUUUGGGCAGUGUUUGUUUUAUUUUGAUUAGUUAUCGAGUUCCUGGCAAAGGCUUGUCCAUAUGUCCGUGUCAGCACGGCAUGUGAGCAACACUAUUGUUCUCUGGAUUGUUAUUGCUUUGUGUGCGUGACGCAAUAUACCUCGUAGGUCUAGAGGAGUGACGUUAGAUGUGAGCUGCAAGACAUCAUCAGGCGGCAACACGCCAGUCAAUGCGAUCUUCCUCAGCACGGUCUGCGGUCCACGAAUACAUCGCUGUCUCAUUGCUUGACGCCAGUGUCGGCUCACAUUCAUGCAGCAGUGCUGAAGGUCUGGGAUUCAAGAAACAUUCCUACCACGAUACUAGGCUCUUGAAAAACAUCCACUACUACGAGCGUAGAUAGUUGAAAUACGUAGAUAAAUAAAUAUACAAUAAAAAGUUUAAAAUUCUUUGUUUUGACAAAUAGUAAUAUGAGCUCAGAACGUCAAUACUGUGUACAACAGAAAUUAUUCCUUUUUAUUUGGUUUCAUUUAACUGGAUGGACUUGGAUAUUGCCGCUUUCAGAGAAAGCCAAAAGUUCGUUUCCCUCCAGCUUCAUGUCAUGUGAAGUUCUUUCAGCGAGGACUGGCGUUGGAGACGGGUUCUGAGUUCCUCUGCAGUCGAAUCCACCGGCACCCUUUCGGUAUCACAUUCUCUUGGAGGAAGCAGCUUCAGUUUUCUCACAAGCUAAGUGUAUAUCUUUGUAUCCAGCAAAAUUGCUGCUUAUUUAUCCUAACGUCUCUUUAACAUCCCGUUAGGGACUGGGAUUACACACAAUGAACUUAAUCUCAUCCCACUGCCUACUGUUGGUCACUGUGUUGUCAUAUAUACACACCAUUAGUUUGGUUUAGGUACUUUUGCGUGAGGUUUCUUACUUAAAAUAGGCUUUCAUAUUUACAGAUUCUCUGCCCAAGUCAUUUUAUUAAAUUUUUUUUGUUAACCAGUCAUUUUCACAAAAUAUUACCUAGAUUGUUAAUAUGCUUUUAUAAUCCGGAUGUAUGGUUCACAUAUCUUGAAGUUCAUUUUUCAUUUAUUUAUAUACACAUAAAAGGCAGUCAGAGACAAGUCAUUAAAACACAUCAGUGCCUGAAGUACGUGAGUACAAAAUGGCAAAGUACUUACUAUCAGAAAGGAUUCAAGUGUAAAAGAAGGUCAUCCAAAAGGAGCACAGGAAAGAACGUCUAGUUACUCGUUUCCUGUCAGCAGAACAUUACCAUUCACGUUGCAUAAUAACAUUUUGUGUAAGUGUACUACUAAUGUUUACUUUGUGAACGGGCUAGUACGUUAUAUACAUGUUUUUUAUUGUUUUGUGCUUAGGUGGUACAUGGCACACAGUGCAGUGUACCUCCAUAAAUGUUUCCAUUUAUUAGCAAUACAUCAUCCUCUGUCAUUUUACUAUUCAAUCAGCUGUAUUAGUUUAUGACCAUAUUGUACUGUCACCACAAAGUAAAUGUCAUAGUAUCGAAAUGCGUUAAAGAUAGCGUGUAUUCAGCAAUGUCUAAGUCUGAGAUGCACCUUUGCAGUCUGAGGAAACAACAUUACACCUGUACGAAUGAAACAUUGAAAACCAUAUUAAUAUGUGUGUCCGUAUGCAAUC